GUGGGCGCCCGAGCGCCACAAGAGUAUGACGGGGCUGUACGAGCUGGUGUGGCGGGUGCUACACGCGCUGCUCUGCCUGCACCGCACGCUCACCUCCUGGCUCCGCGUUCGGUUCGGCACCUGGAACUGGAUCUGGAGGCGCUGCUACCGUGCCGCCUCCGCCACGGUCCUAGCGCCGCUCGGCUUUGCGCUCCAUAAGCCCCCGGCAGUAGGCAGGAACCGCCGUCACCACCGGCACCCGCGCUGGGGGCCGGGUCCGGCCGCCGCCCACCCCCGGCUGCGCUGGCGCGCGGACGGCCGUUCCCUGGAGAAGCUACCUGUACAUAUGGGCCUGGUGAUCACCGCGGAGGAGCAGGAGCCCAGCUUCUCGGACAUCGCGAGCAUCGUGGUGUGGUGUAUGGCUGUGGGGAUCUCCUACAUUAGCGUCUACGACCACCAAGGUAUUUUCAAAAGAAAUAAUUCCAGAUUGAUGGAUGAAAUUUUAAAACAACAGCAGGAACUUCUGGGCCUAGAUUGUUCCAAAUACUCACCGGGGUUUGCAAAUAGUAAUGAUAAAGAUGAUCAAGUUUUAAAUUGCCAUUUGGCAGUGAAGGUGCUGUCCCCAGAAGAUGGAAAAGCAGAUAUUGUGAGAGCUGCUCAGGACUUUUGCCAGUUAGUAGCCCAGCAGCAAAAGAGAUCUACAGAUUUGGAUGUAGAUACGUUAGACAGUUUACUUAGUUCAAAUGGUUACCCUGAUCCUGAUUUAGUAUUGAAGUUUGGUCCUGUGGACAGCACAUUAGGCUUUCUUCCCUGGCAAAUCAGAUUGACUGAGAUUGUCUCUUUGCCUUCCCACCUAAACAUCAGUUAUGAGGACUUUUUCUCUGCCCUUCGUCAAUAUGCAGCCUGUGAACAGCGUCUGGGAAAGUAGUGAUCCCUGGUUGCAUAAUUUGAUUUCAGGCUUUUGGAGAAAAGGACCCAAGUGACUCUGAUGUUUACAAAGCACCUAUGAAACCCUGUGCACACCUGGUUCAUAUUCCUCAUAAUUUAUCAACAAACACAAAAAAGUGUCUUACUUGAGAGUGAGUGUAUGGCUGUGUGUGUGUGUGUGUGUGUGUGUGUGUGUGUGUAUGGAAUUAAACUUAUAAAUGGGGGAAGUAUUGGAUAAUGAAAUAUAUAGAUCUACAACUUUGAGCAUAUAGCAAUGUUAUAGGAGCCAAGAUUUCAGAUAUAAAGCUUUGGGCCCCUACUACUUCCCUGUUUUUGUGGGGAGUAGAGGGAGAGAGUGACUAGAACUGUUUGGGUUGUUUGGGGAGAAGGGAAUAAUUUUUUUUCAGUCUUUCCUAGUGACCAAACUUUAAUUUUUAAAAAUAAUAUAUUAUUAAAUCAAGGUAUUCUCAGUUUGAGGGAGUUGCAGGGGAGUGGAGUUCUGUGUUGCUCACUUGUUAAAAGCUUGCUCCUCUUCAGAGGAGAGAGAAUAUCUAUCUUGAGAUAUCCGUCCACUUUCAUUUCUUACUUCAUUGUAGUUAAACAAUGUGACUUGAGAAUGUUGCUCUGGUGUCUGUGUUCUGUGUUGUGAAGAACAUUUGAAAAGAACUCUUGCUACUCUGAAAUGCAGAAUUUAAAAAAUUUAAAUGUUGAAUUAGGCAGUCAAAAGGGAAAAAAGUUGAAUAAGUUGUAAUCUUAAAAGUAAACAUGGAAAAUUUCCUAGAAAAGUUUUGAUUUCCUAUUUUGUGUAAUGAGUAUGCUGCAUACUAUCGAAAGUUGGUUUAAAAAAUAUUUCCAGUAACUAUUUUUAUUUAAAAUGAGCAUUUGAGAGAAAUUAUUAGGGCAGCUCUUUUCCUUAGUAGUUACCUAUUCAUCUUUAAAAUAACACCUGGGAUUUUUUUUUUCUUUUCCAGUAAAUUCCAGUGGUGACUUUGCAUAAAAAAUUAAGUAGGAUUGAGACCUGUGUGUGGGGAAGAAUAUUACCAAAGUCUACAAAAAUAAUUUAGAUUAAUUUUAUAUGUUCUCUUUUAUGACAGAGAACUCAUUGGUUCUGUUUUUUUAAAUGAAUAAAUGAUUUCUUGAAAGGUGUUUAAUAUUUUCCCCUCACUGCUGAUCCUUGGACAGAAACCAUACUUUAUAUUUGAUGGUCUGUUUUCAGAAAACUCUCUUACAACAAGUGUACAGUAGUUAUCUAAAAUUGUACUUUUAAAAUGGAGUAGUGUAAAUACUAGGUCUCAGAAGUCUGAAAAACAGCAAAGAAGACUGAAUUUGGAAAGCAUGGUCUGGAAUUGCUUGUCAGAUUCUAAAGUAAUGAAGAAUAAAUGUUUCAACUUUGGAUUAUAAAACCCCAUUUAUGAUUUUAAAAAUACACUUGAAAUAAAAAUGAUUAAACUAAAUUUUGGUCCAUUGACAUUCCUUUGCACUUCAUAGUUCUUUAUUCAACCUUUUUCAAAGUCUUAAUUUAUUGCCAAAAGUUUUGUGUGAGACUACAGCAUAUCUAAAAUUUAUGGGAGACUUUUUCAUUUGUUUCUCUGUGCUGUGAUCCAUGUUUCAUUAAGAGUCUCUGUUUUUGUUUUUGGCUAAUUUAAGACAAUUUUUGUCUUUUACAAAUACUAUAGAUAUGUUAUUUAUAAUCAUUCUGGAGUAUAUUCAGCUUUAAUGAAUUAAAUUAAUUGUCCCAGUUGAAGUGAAGGGUUGUAAUGUUUGUUAAAAUGAAAUUAGUCAAAUAGAUUACCCAUUGGGAUAUAGCUCAGGUACCUAAAGAGUUAAUAUUGAGUUUUUAUACUUUUCUCCUGUUUCAUAAUAGUGUUUGUACAUCAAAAUAAAUCUGUAGCCCAUCACCUGAGUCUAGGAAGAAAUACUUGAAACAUGUUGCUAAAGGUUCUGAAUUUGAAUAUAGACAUUCCAGGACCUUCUCAAAUGAGUUUGACUUCUUGUACAAUCUGUACAAUUUGAAUAACAUUGGUCAUUCUAUCAUUCCUGCCAAAAUUAUCACAGGUUCUGCAUCUUCAGAGCUCCCUUUGCACUCCCCCUACAAGAAUUGAUAGCUGGAAAGAAAAAUGUUGUCUUUAUAUGUAUUGAAGUUAUUUUCUUUCAGUUUUUCUCAACACUCGCCACAAUGGAAAAAAUUACCAAAUUAAAGCUACUAUAUGGAUGGCAGCUUGUAGCAUAGCAAGAAGUUGGAGAGUUCGAAUCCCAUUCCCAAUUCUGGUUGUGCUUUGCUUCUUAAAACUAAUUGGUUCUGUUAUAAAGUUUAAAAGCUGGUUUUAAUGUGAAUAGCAAAUUCUGGUAUAUUGUGACAAAGGCUUUAGAAUGCCUGUCUCUGAGAAGAUGUCAUAUUAAUGAGCAGUGCCAAAUACACUGUACUAUCUUAUAAUUUAAUCUUUGAAUGUAUAUUACUUAAUUAGCUCCCUCCUGUGAUGGUACCAUGCAUAGAGUCAGUUAAAUCCUUGUGAUGUUUUGUAUGGCUGUAGACUUUGGCGCAACAUGUAAAUAAUGUGUACAGCAAGUUUUUAUGAUUAAGGAAUUAAAUUUAUUGAAUUUUAUUAUUGAGAACAACAUGUAUGAAUAAAAUCCAAUAAAAGAAUAUACUCUUUUCAUGGACUGUA